AUGUAUAGCAACCACACUCGCAUCUGCCUUUAUCGGUCCCCGGCUGAGCCAAGCUGUGUGGUGUUCUCUCAUCCGAUCGGCCAGGCUUCUGGUGGUGCGACCCACGUAACUUGGGCCACAGGAGCACGUAAACUGGUAAACACGGAAAGAGGAAUUGUGCAUCUGGAUUUGAAGCCACAAAAUUUCGUUCUGGUUGAUGGCGUGCUCAAGCUGAUCGAUUUGGGUAUUAGUCAACGUCUACCAGAUGACUGUACUCGAAUUAACGGUGCCGUUCCACUGGGUACGCUCACCUUCAUGAGUCCCGAACAGUUGGGCGGACCGGAGCAGAAUAUUACCCAGUCGAACCAGUGUCCCCAAUGUCAUACUUUUAUAUUGAUGGCUAUGGGUAAAAUGUAUUUUCUUUCAAUAGUCAAUAUAUUAUUACGAUUUUUGGCUGGGUGUGUUGGUCGCAAAUCUGACAUCUGGUCCCUUGGUGUGAUGCUGUACAUGAUGGUCUAUGGUCGACCCCCGUUUCCACAAACCACAGUGCAGAGUCGCAUGCUAGCCAUUAUUAAUCCGCAUGCGCCUAUUGAAAUGCCCCAGAUCAGUAAUACCGGUCUUCACAAGGCUCUACGACGGUCUUUGGUGCGCAAUUUUCACGAGCGUGCAACAAUCGAUGAGUUGCUCUCGUUCACAUACAUCUGA